AUUUCAUGUUAUGCAAAGAUUCAUCAUUGUUCUGGGUAUGAAGUUCUGAAUGUUUCAUGUCAUUUUGUUUUGUCAAUCAAUUCGCUAGGCAAUGUUUUAGUACAACUUUGGUAGAAGUUGAAUUUUUAUUUAAGUUGGGCUCAGCACCGUCACUUAUUGCGAGAAUUUCGCGGUGUAAGCACGAGUGUUAUAAAAUAUUGUUGGUAAAAUUUACGUAAACUGUGGAAGUAUCGAUUAGAAAAAUUGAGUUUUACUUCGUCUAAGAGAAGAAUUAAUAAGCAAUGGCAGAACAAAAUACAGAAACCGCAACAACUGACGUGGAAAGUACGUAUACUUCCCCGGGGAACGAUCCUAAGAACAUGCAGGAGGUGACACAAUACGUACAGUCUCUCUUACAAAAUAUGCAAGAUAAAUUUCAAAGUAUGUCAGACCAAAUCAUAAACCGAAUAGAUGAGAUGGGCACCCGUGUCGAUGAACUGGAGAAAAACAUCACUGACCUCAUGACACAAGCUGGUGUUGAAAAUGAGAAGUAGUGACACUGCAAGUGGCAGUGUUUCUAGAAGUAACUAUCACACCACAUUGUUUUGUGCCUGAAUCAUGUCAUUUUUACCAUUUAAUGUCAAAGUAAAUAGAAGCAUAUAAAUAAAGAUAUAUAGGUGAAGUCACUCCAUAGGGGCUAAAUGUUUAUGUGGCUCAUGUAUUUGAAUGUUAUGUAUGUGAACCACCCACUAUAGAUAAGGUAAUAUUAUUUAAACAUAAGUGAAAUGGCAGGAGAGGGGAGAAUCCUUGUAUUCACUCCACAUAAGAAAUGUAGGCAAUAAUAACAUUAAUUGAAAUGGAGUGUAACACCAAUUAAUUAUUAAUUUUGGAGUGUUAAGUAAACAAUGUUAAUUAUGGUAUAAAUACAUGUAACACUUGGCUGGCAUUUACAUACAUAAUUAGAUGUAAUUGCCUCAGUAACAUCUGAAAUGAGAUUACUGUGUGGUCAUGAUCAUGGAACAAAAUGCAUACUAAGUAAUUAUGUAAAGUAAAUGGUGUCUGGUGUUACUGUAUUCACUACUUGUUACUUAGACUGGUUAGUUUACACAUAAGAUAUAUCAUGUGACACAAGCCUUUAAAUGUAAUAGAUAUAACAGUAAAAUAGACAUAGAGGCAUGAAGUUCGUGAAUUUGUUCAAAUACGGUUGGAACUACUGAAUGGAUUUGAGAUAUUAGAAGUGAUUCUUUCUGUUACAUAGUACGCUAGUAGUUGUUUAAUCUAUGGAAAGUGAAUAUCAAAUUAUAUGCAAAGCAAUAUGGAGUGAUCAGACAAAUUGGUUUCUUGUAAGAUUUUACUAUCACAGUGAAUGUAUCUGUGUUUGCGCAAUUUGUACGAUUGAUUAUUUUGUAAUUAAAUUGUGUUAUAUUACAUUGAUGUUUUUGUUAUUAGAUCAACAAUGGUUAAGUCAUGAGGGUGGAUAUUGAUCGGUACUUUUAGUGCUUGGUACCUUUUGGUACAGGGCGCGCAAUAUCGCGUGCACGUCACGCCGUAAGGUAAUGGCCGUGAUAGGUACACCAAAGGCAUUACGAUUUCACAUGCGACUCUGUUUAUUGAAGUAAGGCAAGGAAUUAUUUAUGAACCCUAAUAUUAUACGGUAAUAUUAUAUUUGACCAGAUAUUCGUUUAGAAGUUAAGCCAGUUGCAUGUGGCCUUAUACAUUCACGAUCGUAUACAUAUAAGUUCGCCUCCCUAAGAUACCCAAACGAAGCUAAAAUUUAAGUAAGAACCUACCUAUAUCAAAAUCUUAUGCUCAAAUAUUAUGAAAAUGUACAAACUAGAAUUUGUGUGUAUUUACUAUUAUUAUAAAAUUAAUAGUUAUGGCUAGACGUUUUAAAUAUUUUGCAGUGCUUCGAAGAUAAUAAAGUACCUAUCAACGGUUAUAAAUAAAAGAAUUCAU